AUGAGCUCAAGAAGACGCAUGGAAAAAGAUGUCAUGGACUUGAUGAUGAGUGACCAUGAGGUCAACUUAAUCGAGGACUCCAUGCAACAGUUUUACGUCAUUUUCAAGGGCCCCAAGGACACUCCUUACGCCGGUGGCACCUGGAAGGUGAGAGUGGAGUUGCCUGACCAGUACCCGUUGAAACUGCCCUCGAUCGGGUUUGUCAACAAGAUCUACCACCCCAACAUCGACGAAGGAAGCGGAUCGGUGUGUUUGGAUGUGAUCAACCAGACGUGGUCGCCGAUGUUCGGGCUUUUGAACAUUUUCGAGAACUUCUUGCCUCACUUGUUGCGAUACGCCAACCCUAGCGACCCGCUCAACACGGAGGCGUCCAACUUGAUGAACAAGGACGAGGCCAAGUACACAGAGAUGGUGAAGAAGUAUGUGCGGCAGUUUGCCCUGGAGGAUCUUCUGACAAAGGAACACGAGAACUCCGAGGAGGAGAAUGACGACGACGAGUUGAGUGAUGUGGGAAGCUUGUCUGACGACGACGAUGAGUGA